AGUUUUGUCAAGAUAUAGGGUGAGUGUUUUCUUCACUAUUUGUUAUCGUAAAAUGUGUGGGAGGUAUUCGAUAAUUACAAAUUCAUCAGGUAUAGUGUUGAAAUAGAAACGUUUUCAUCCAGUAUUCACUAUGGAUGCAACUGAAUUUAGAAAAGAAGGAAAAGUAUUGAUAGACUACAUCACAAACUACUUGGAAAACAUAAGAGAUAGAAGAGUAUUCCCCGAUAAAAAACCGGGAUUUAUUGGAGAACAAAUACCUGAUUCGGCUCCCGUUGAGGGUGAGAAAUGGUCAGAGAUUUUCGAAGAUGUGGAAAGAAUUAUAAUGCCUGGAGUUACUCACUGGCAGAGUCCACAUAUGCAUGCCUAUUUUCCUGCACUUAAUAGUUAUCCUUCUAUGUUAGGAGAAAUGAUUACCAACGCAAUAAAUUGUUUAGGAUUCACAUGGGCAUCUAGUCCAGCUUGUACAGAACUAGAAAUGAUGGUGAUGAAUUGGUUGGCGAAAAUGAUAGGACUUCCAGAUGAUUAUUUACAUAAGAAAGGUGGAAAAGGAGGAGGAGUUAUACAAACGACAGCUAGUGAGAGUACUUUGAUCAGUCUCCUGGCUGGUCGGUACGUUGUAUUAAAACGAUACAUGGAUCUUUAUCCAGAUGUGAGUAAACAUGAAAUACAUGGAAAACUAGUAGCCUACUGCUCUGACCAAGCACAUUCUAGCAUAGAAAAAGCUGCUCUUAUAGGAUUGGUUACUCUUAGAUAUAUCGAUGCAGAUGAUGACUAUGCAAUGAGGGGUACAGCUUUGGAGAAAGCUAUUAAGGAAGACAAGGAUAAAGGUUUAAUUCCGUUUUGGGUGUGCGCUACUUUGGGAACUACUGGAUCUUGUGCAUUUGAUAAUUUAGAGGAAAUUGCUAUCAUUUGCGAAAAAGAGUUGUUGUGGUGUCACGUGGAUGCAGCUUAUGCAGGGUCUGCAUUUAUUUGCCCAGAACAUAGAAUAUGGUUGAAAGGAAUCGAGAAGGCAGAUUCAAUAGCAUUUAAUCCUUCAAAAUGGUUAAUGGUGCAUUUUGAUUGCACAGCUAUGUGGGUUAAAAACAGUGGAGCUUUACACGGUGCUUUUAAUGUCAAUCCACUAUAUUUAACACAUGAAUAUUCAGGUUUUGCAAUAGAUUUUAUGCAUUGGCAGAUUCCUUUGAGUAAAAGAUUUCGAGCUUUGAAAUUAUGGUUUGUUAUUCGCAACUAUGGAAUAAGCGGAUUACAACAACAUAUAAGGAAGGGUAUCCGUCUAGCAGAAAAAUUCGAGUCUCUUAUAGCAGGCGACAGCAGAUUUGAGAUACCAUGCCAAAGAUAUUUGGGUUUGGUAGUUUUUAGAUUGAUUGGCGAUAAUGUUAUCACCGAGACUUUGUGGAAAAGGUUAAAUGCGAGAGGAAAGAUCCAUUGUGUACCAGCUAGUUUGAAAGGAAAAUACGUUAUUAGAUUCACUGUUACAUCACCAAGAUCAACUGUUGAUGAUAUUAUCGUGGCUUGGAAGGAAAUUGUUUCGGUUGCAGAUGAUCUGCUAAAAGAAAGAGCAACCAUAUCAUCCAGAACAAAGGUACCACUUGCAGAUACACGAGAAAAAAAUGAAAAUUUCGGUACAAGUUUACUUCUAUCUAAUAUUCCAACAUCCCCAAAAAUUGUGAACGGCUCAUUUGCCGCAAUAUACGAUCAAGGUGAUGUUUUGGAUGAAUUUAUGAAAACUGUCAAGUUGCGAAAAGAUGCUAAAGACAGUCCAGCAAUGCGAAGAAGAAUAAAGGGCAUUCUCAUGUCGGGCAAACAGUUCUCGUUAGAUUCAAGACUUGAUCUAUUUCAUGGUAUUGAAACUACUAAGCAAUCGGAAACAAAGUUACCGUUACUUGAAGAUACGAAUGAAGGUGAAGAUACUAGCUGUACUGAAAGCGAUUUUGAAUGUCUCCAGUCACCGUGUAGUGAACCGGAUAUGUUAUAUCACGAUUCUAUUACUAGACCAAUAUCAGUGGAUCAGCGAGCCAUAAACUUUAUAGAAAUGAAACAAGUUUGUACCAAAUGCGGACAUCUUGUCAACCAAUGCGAAGCAACAAGAGACAAAUAGAUAUUUAUAAUUUGUAAUUUGAAUUUCUUUAAAUAUCCAAGUGACAACGUAGAUAGAGAAAUCAUUUUUAAUAAUUUAUACAUUUAAUUUCUUACUGGAAUAUUCAGAAGUAUACAUCAUUCAUUUCAGAACAGAUUGAAUGAUUUUUAUAAACUUUCGUUUGUGAAGAUUUUGUGAUAUGGCUGAUAUUAUGAUGGCAUUUAUUUAUAUUCCGUCAUUUUAAAACUUUGUUAUUUCAAAUAGAUCAUCCCACAGUUUCAUUGAUUACUGAAAUCUUCAAAAAAUGCUAAUUAUUUGUCUUUUAUUGCCAGAGUUAUGUUAGAUUGGCAAUAUAUCCGCCGAUGCUGGAAUAUUACAUAAUGAUGGUUCUGAUUAGAUAAUUAGUAGUAGGAUAUUUUUUCACAUCAUGCCACAAAAACCUUGCAGCUCAAGAUUUCAUUAGGUUGUGAAUUCAAAAAACAUACAGAAAAUGAAAUUACAGCAGUUGUCCAAAAUGUUGUCCGAUUAGUCCAACUUUCUAAUGCAUUUUGUAAAAUUCUUCAUUGCUCAAUGUUCUUAUCAUUUUGAUAAU